UCAAAACCAUUCGGUUCUCCCCCUCUCACCAGAGUUCGUGGACCGCAAUAAAAAAGACGCCUUCCGGUUUGAUCUUUCACGUUAAAACCCCGACUCCCCAUCAGCUGUCGCACUUCAGGUCACAGACCCUGAUGCUUUUAUUUUAAGAGAAGCAUCUCCUUCGUUUUCUUCACCAGGAUUUCUCCCGCAAACGUGACUUCUCGCUGCUUCUAUCUCCGUCACGGAGGCUGCGAGCAACAACUUACCCAGACUGACACAGAAUGGAGAGAAGCUGACGCACGUUUUUACCGGACCGUCAACUUUGCUUUUCGAGACUUCGCUCAUGCCAUCACCCACUAAACCAAACCAAGAGAAAACAUCCGAAACAGACUUUUUAGAAGUCUAACAUCUCAGGAGCGGACGUCCCCUCCUCGUUGUUGUCGUUUUUGGUAACUUUUGGCUCUUUAAGCGCAUUUUUACGCAUGACGCGCAAAGGGAUGGCUCCUCUGCUGGGACGCACAACGGGAAUACAGCAAGUUUUUUGUGUCUUUCUCUCUAUUUCACUGUCUUUUUCAUACAACAUUGAUGUAGAACAUCCUUUAGUGUUCCGCGGACCAAACUCUAGUUUUUUCGGCUACUCUGUUUUGGAGCAUUAUCAUGACAACACACGCUGGAUAAUAGUAGGAGCACCUAUGGCAAACUCUUUCUUCAGUAGUUCUGUGCACUCUCCUGGAGCUGUGUUUAAGUGUCGAGUUCACAGCAACCCAGAGCGGCGCUGCACAGAAAUGGAUCUGGGAAGAGGAAACAAGCCGAGGGAGUCGUGUGGGAAGACGUGUCAAGGAGACAGGGCUGACGAGUGGAUGGGGGUCAGCCUGGCUCGUCAGGACAAAGUUAAUGGAAAAAUCCUGGCCUGUGCUCACCGCUGGAAAAACGUCUACUAUGAAUCAGAGCACAUCCUUCCACAUGGAUACUGCUCCAUCAUCUCCCCGACACUUCAGGGCAGCACUAAACCGCUCAUCCCUUGUUAUGAAGACUAUAAGCAGAAGUAUGGGGAAGAGCACGGCUCGUGCCAAGCUGGGAUAGCGGGAGUUUUCACAGAGGAGCUGGUGGUGAUGGGGGCUCCCGGAUCAUACUACUGGACUGGAACAGUCAAGGUUUACAAUCUAACGACUGACACCUUAUACAAUCUAAACAAAGACACCAUCGACUCUCACAGAUACAGCUACCUUGGCUACGCUGUGACUGCUGGUCAUUUCUCCUCUCCUGAUAUGAUAGACAUAGCUGCUGGAGCACCUCAGCACAACGGCGUUGGAAAAGUUUACAUUUUCAAACUUGAUGGUGCAUCUUUGGUGAGGAGUUUUCAAGCCUCAGGGAAAAUGAUGGGCUCUUACUUUGGCUCCUCAUUGUGUGCAGUUGAUCUGAACCAGGACGGCCUGUCAGACCUGCUGGUGGGGGCACCCAUGCACAGCCAGCUCCGGGACGAGGGCCAGGUUUCUGUGUACAUCAGCAAGGGCAAUGGGGUGAUGGAGGAGGAUGCAGUUUUGACUGGUGACAAUGCUUUCAAUGCACACUUUGGAGAGUGCUUGGCUGCCAUUGGAGACAUUGAUGACGAUGGUUAUCAAGACGUGGCCAUAGGAGCACCUAAAGAGGACGACUAUGGAGGAGCUGUCUAUAUCUAUCACGGAGAUGCAACAGGGAUUACCAGAAAAUACUCCAUGAAACUGGCUGGGCGCAGUGUAAGCCCUGGUCUGCAGAUGUUUGGCCAGUCCAUCUCUGGGAAUGUGGACAUGGAUGGAAAUGGAUACGCAGAUGUCACAAUCGGAGCUUUCAUGGCAGACAGUGUGGUGCUGCUUAGGUCCCGACCUAUCAUUACAGUGGAUGUCUCCAUCUUCUUACCCGUCUCCAUCAAUAUAUCCGUGCCACAGUGCCACGAGGGCCACCCGAACCUGAACUGCUUCAACGUCACCGUCUGCAUGCUCUUCAGGGGAAGACAGCUGCCUGGACAAAUCGAGCUGCUGUACAACCUGACUGCUGAUGUGGAUAAGCGGCACAAGAGCCAGCCGCCCAGGAUUUACUUCACUCAGGUUGGAUCUCAGAUCAGCCAGAUGAGCCAGCAGCUGAACCUGGACAUCAACAGAGAGGCGUGCCGGCGUUACACUGCCUACGUUAAGAAGGACGUGAAGGAUGUGUUCACUGCCAUCACGUUUGAGGUGGCUUACAGCCUGGGGAAGCAUGUGGUGAGUGGACACCAGGAGCGAGACAUGCCAGCGCUCACUCCGGUGCUACGAUGGAAGAGAGGGAACAAGAUCGCAGCGAGAAACGAGACCUGGUUUGAGAAGAACUGCCUGUCAGACGACUGUGCUGCAGACCUGAGGCUUCAUGGGAAACUGCUGCUUUCUGGUCUCCAUAGCAAACCCCAUUUGGCCCUCGGAGGAGUGAGGAACAUCUCGCUGAACGUGACCAUCUCCAAUGCCGGAGACGACGCCUACGACACCAACAUCUACUUCAACUUCACCAAAGAGGUUUUCUACAUCAACUUCUGGCAGAAGGAAGAGAAGGGCAUUUCCUGUGAGCUGGUCGAUUUGGACUUCCUCAAGUGCAUCGUGGGAUUUCCUUUCAUGAGAGCACAAACUAAGUAUCAUUUUGCAGCGAUUUUUGACACGACGCGGCUCUCCGGGGAAAAUGAUACGUUACAGUUUUUGGUUCAAGCUAAAAGUGCCAAUCCGGAGCACAAUCUCUCCGAUAACAGUUUGGAUUUAUCCAUCCCUCUGAUCCACGAGACAGAUGCCACCAUCACAGGCGUGGUAACACCGAGCUCCUUUGUGUACGGAAACUCCAUCGAUGCCUCGCGAUUCGUCCACUUGGAAGACAUGGAAUGCAAUUUCCAGCCUCUUAACCUGACUUUCCAGGCUAUUAACAAGGGGCCCAGCAGGCUGCCUGGAUCCACUGUGGACAUCAGGAUCCCCAACCGGCUGGCGGGAAACGGAGCUGACAUGUUCCACGUCGUUGAAACCCAGGUGUCUGACGGUCGAGGGAACUGCACCCCUCACAGGAACCCGACACCGUGCACCGUCUCCCGAAACAACGAGAGCAUCUUCCACUCCAUCUUUGCUUUCUUCACCAAAUCAGGACGCAAAGUCUUGGACUGUGAUCGGCCUGGAAGGGCAUGUCUGACAAUCUCCUGCAGUCUGGGUCCACAGUUGAAAGAGGAGCCUCUGAGCAUAGACAUAAAACUCCUACUGAACACUGAAAUUUUGAAAAUAGAUAGUUCCUCCGUGGUCCAGUUUGUGACAAGAGGCUACAUGCGAGUGACCGAUCGGACAGUGGAGGUGCCCAACGGCCUGCCAGAAGACAUUUCACUGUUUUUCGAGGCUCUCCAUGAUCAGGAGCCGAGGGGUUAUGUAGUCGGCUGGAUCAUCGCCAUCAGUCUCCUGGUGGGAAUCCUCAUCUUUUUGCUGUUAGCUGUGCUACUCUGGAAGAUGGGAUUCUUCCGUCGUCGCUACAGAGAGAUCAUCGAGGCUGAAAAGAACAGAAAAGACAGUGAUGAAAGCUGGGACUGGAUGGACAAGGACCACUGAGACAUUUAGACUUAGGGAGGGUGGGGGUGGUCCCAGUGAGAUUAAGGAUUGGGUCAAGACGGAUCCAAUAGCACAGGGGUGUCGCAGCCCAGCCGCCCUGGUGGCACCAGGUCCUUCAUGUCUUUCAUAUGUGGAAGAGAAGUUUAUCCUCCAUAUUUUUUGGAGACUCUGUAUUUUUUUCCUGAGGUCAUUAUGUGGCUUUCCAGAAGGUUUGGAAAUCAGUCACCUUCUAAGCCAAUGGAGUGGAGCUGUUGAUGCAGAGCCAUGUCCAGAGGGAGGACAUGGAGACAGCAUGAGUACUGGUGGACAACAAACCCCUCAGGGCCGUGUUAUAUAGUAAAUCUAUUUUUUUAUACAUACACUUUAAGCCAUAUUAUAAAACUGAGCUUUAGGGUUUUGAAUGCCAUUAAAAACAUCUGCAGGAUGUUUUCUUGAAGCACUGAUGUUUGAUAAAAGUUAAUGCCUCGCCAAAGAUCAUCCCACUCUGGGAAUGGAAGAUUGUAUCAUUUCUGGGUGUUUUCCUGAAUUUUUAGUUCACCUGAUCAUCUGUUCCUUUGAGAGAUAGCAAAUAUUAUUUCUGUUCUGAAAAUUACCUUUAAAAUGUCUUUUUACACAAUGCAUUGAUAUUAGUAAUCUUUUAUUUGCCACGUUUUCACUUUAUUCAUGUUAAAAAUGCUAGUUUUACCUUCAAACUGCCGUUAAAAGGUCCACCAUUUAUACAUUGAUCAUCCAUACAUAAAAAUGUAAUAUUUUACUUUUUGCAGUAAUUCAAAUUUCUCUACCUUUAAUCUAAAAGCUUCCAAACCCUUCCAGACCUCCCUCAAACACUUUAUUAUUAGACAGUCGGCUUUAGAGUGAUCUCUGUAGGCAGAUGAAAGUCAGCAUGGAGAGUCUACCUUGGGGUGUGAGUAAUACGCUAAAAACGUGGGAAUUUAAUUUGCUGCAUUCAAUCACUGCACAGAAACAAGUCACUCAGAGGCAAAGAGGAGUCUCCAAAAAGAUGCAUCAUCAUCAUCAUCGUUCUGCAAAGUGAUGAGCUAAUUAGGCUAGAACAGCAAGAAUGUUUGGACUUGAUAUUUUAGCAAAUAAAUAGGUUGGAAAAUAGCAGAUACACCCUAUGAGUGACUGAUGGGUGAAGAGGAAGUUGUAAUAAAAUAGAAGAACACCGGUCAGAGCAAAAAGUGCAAUCCUAGAGUUUCUGUAUAGAUCACAUUCAUAAACGCAUUUCCACCUUCUGCACCAUUUUUAAAGACGCUUUACUAAAUAUAUGCAACAAACCAACACUUGACUUUUUUAAUGUGUAACUGUGAUGUUUCUGUCUGUUUCCACCGUUAUGUCGUUAUUUUUGUUCUGAGUAUACUACUGUCAGUGAGUAUCUUUUUCAUUAUAGUGUGAUGAAUGUUUGAUGUUUAAAAUCAUGUUUGAGCUGUGUAUUUAUCUGCUGAUAAAUUUCAGAGUGAAAUAUCUGAA